CUGUCAAUCAGUUCUCACUCUAACUCAGCUAGACUGUCAUCUCAUCAUGUUCCUCCUUUGCAAACUGGCUGCACUGAUGGCUGUGCUUAUCCUUCCUGGUCAAGGUAAUACUUAUUUUAUCACUUUUAUCAGGCUGUAUAAUACAUUUAAUUCCUUUCAAUCUUAACAGCAUUAUAAACCUGUUUGUGGAUUUCUUUAUUUAAAAUGUGUAGUGAACUUGAUGUAAAGUACAGGACGAAACUGUAAUUUACACUUUACAAACAACAGAUCAGAACAACGUGCUGCAUUUAGGUGCAUUCUUAUUUCCUCUCACCUUACUUUUCUCCAGCUCAUGCAGGAACAAUCAUUGGAGGCCACGAGGCCAAGGAACAUAGCAGGCCGUACAUGGUGCUUCUAGAGAGUCACAAGUCAAAUAGUGGAAAAACUUUCUGUGGAGGAUUCCUGCUGAACGAGAAUUUUGUGAUGACUGCUGCACAUUGCCAAAUGGAGAAUUAUUCAGUCAGACUUGGACUUCACAACACAAAUAGUAACGGGGUUAAAAUGYCAGUUCAACAAGCAUUUCCACAUUACAGUUACAACAGCUCGACAUACAAUAAUGAUAUAAUGCUUCUUAAGUUGAGCACUAAGGCAGAGUUCACCAAAAACGUGAAACCCAUUGAUCUGGCAGACCAUGAUGAUGGAUCGCUGCCUCAAAAAUGUUUUGUCUCUGGCUGGGGAAAAACUGAAUGGACAAGUAACCUAGUGUCUGACAAACUCAUGGAAAUUAAUGUAACGCUGGAAAAUAAUGAGCAGUGUGCAAAGAGUAAGUCAUAUUGCUCUUUUGGAACGACUGGACCUGGCCAGGGAGACUCCGGAGGUCCACUGGUCUGUGAAGAUGGCAGGGCUUAUGGAGUGGUGUCCUCCUUUUUAGAAAUCAAUGGGGAAGCAAGAUUCAGAUUUACAAAGAUAUAUGACUUCAAAGACUGGAUCGAGUCGACCAUGAAAAAGGCUCUACAAAUGGUCUGAAUCCCAUUAAAUAAACCUUCAGACAACAUUACAGAGAGAGCUGACACAAAUACCUGAAAUGUUGUCAAGUUAUUCUAAAUCUGUGAUCCUGUCAGACCAACACCUGCACUUGAUUGCUUUAGAGUAUUAAAAUAAAAUCAAAGGUUAUAAAUACUAAAUUUGAUCAAGUCAUCCAAUACAUGUAUGGUUUGUUACUUUAUUCUUUGUGUUUUGAUGAACCAAUUUUCUUUUAUGAAAAUAAACUUUUUGUAUUUUUUUUUUAUGUAUACCAAAUGCAGGCUUCUGAAAGGCUUCACUUUUAAUAUGUCAACAGUUACCAAGAAAUUGUUUAAAAGCACACACUCA